AGCCACGCUAGGCUCAGACACCAGGCAGCACACAAGUAGCACUAUCGCAUAAACUGAGGUGAAGGUUUAUACCUUUAAGUGUUCCAUCAAAGUUUUCAUUGUUAAAUUUCCGCAUCUUUGCAAAUCCACACUUGUUUUAUUCUAAGCAAUAUAUCAGAUAUAGAAAAUGGCUUACUUGAGAAAUGCAAAGCGUCCACUGGAGAUCUUAUUGCACAAUACAAGGCUGAGUAGUUGUGGUGGGCAUGGAUACUCUACUUGGGCAACCAAAGGAACCUCCUUUGCUCAUUCUUCAGAUACCAAAGUCUCCAAAACUGCUUACUUCUAUUGGGUUUCAAGAAGAUUAAGCUCUCAGGCAUCUUCUUCUGCUGAACAAAUUAGCCUUAUCAAGCAACUUAGGGAAAGAACAAGUGCACCCAUAAAGGAUGUCAAGGCUUCUCUUGUUGAUUGCAAUUGGGAUAUUGAGGCUGCACAGAAGGAUUUAAGGAAAAGAGGAAAGGUUUUGGCCAUGAAAAAGUCAUCGAGGGCUGCUUCAGAGGGUCUGCUUGCUCUUGCCCAGAAUGAGGACAAGGCUGCUAUAGUUGAACUUAAUUGCGAGACUGAUUUUGUUGCAAGGAAUGAAAUUUUUGAGUUCUUGGCUUUGGCUUUAGCAAAGCAAGCUUUGUUGGUUGAGAAUUUUUCCCAACAGGUUCCUGGGGUUUUUUCCUUUGGUCCAGAGUGUUUAGAGGACCUCAAAUUUAAUCUUGAACAUCCAAAAAUCAGUGGGGAGACAACUGUUCAAAAUGCAGUCACAGAAGUGGCUGCAAUGAUGGGAGAGAAUGUAAAACUCAGGAGGGGUUUUGUGAUGUCAUCAUCUCCAAAUGGUGUUGUUUCUGCAUACCUCCAUAGAAGUCCUCAACCAGGUUUGGGCCGAAUUGCUGGAAUUUUAUCUCUUGAAGUAGAGAAUGGGAUUUCUCAAUUGAAUGCCCUUCAGAAGGUUGGCUCAGAGCUAGCAAUGCAUAUUGUGGCAACAAAGCCAUUAUUCUUGGCAAAGGAACUUGUAACCUCUGAUGCACUUAAUAAUGAACGCGAGAUUUUAAGGUCUCAGGCUGAAAGUACUGGUAAGCCUCAGAUGGCUGUGGAGAAAAUGGUUGAAGGUCGUCUGCGUAAAUACUUCGAGGAGGUUGUUCUUAUGGAGCAAAAGUAUUUCUUAAAUGACUCUCUAAGUAUAAAGACAAUUUUGGAUAAUCUCAAGGAAGUCGGCUCAACGGUGAAGAUUGGGAACUUUUUCAGAAUGGAAGUUGGAGAAGGAAUUCAAAGGCUAGAAGCGUCAAGUACGGAUGAACCUGUUGCUCAGGCUGUUUAG